CCACUCCUGCCUGCACACAGCCUUAACCUAACACUUAUUUUGCUUUUUGUCCAGUUUUCUCCUGUGAAAAAAACAAUGAGGAAACACGUUGCCCUCCUGCUCAUUCUUUUCCCCGUGUGUGGACAUCUGCUGGACAUCAAAUUUUAUAAUGACCCUUACAAGUAUACCUGGGCAGAGGCAGAAGCAUUCUGCAGGGAGAACCACACUGACUUGGUCCGAGUGAGAACUGCAGAAGAAAAUAAAGCUUUACAGUACUCUGGAUGGAUCGGUUUGUCCCGGAAGGAUGCAACAAGUCCAUGGAAAUGGUCCAGAGGAGGCGAAAUAGCCAUAUUCACACCGUGGGAUGGCGCACCAAAAAAUGAUGAAAACUGUGUGAACAGAAAAAGCGACGGAAAAUGGGAAAGCAAGAAGUGUGAUGAAAAAAUAAACUUCCUAUGUUAUGAGGAAGAGCUGAUUCUGGUGAAGGAGAAUAAAACAUGGGAGGAGGCAUUAGGACACUGCAGGUCUCUGGAUGGAGUGGUCACAGAAGAUCCAGCCUCUUCAUACUGGAACCACCGCCAUGACUUGGUUACCCUGAUCACUCCAAAUGACUACACCACUGCACAAAAGACCGCACAAGAGGCUACCACUGAUGAGGUGUGGACAGGCCUGUGUAACCUGGCUGGUGAGUGGCUGUGGGUGGGUGGAGAAGAAAUGCAAUAUGAGGAUAUCCCAAAAUGCCCAACCGAUGGCCUCUGUGGCGUCCUCAAGAAGAACGGUACUGCACCCUACGGCAUAAGAAACUGCCGGCAGAAAAGGAACUUUAUCUGUUCCAAAAUUAAUUAAGUACUGUACUUAAGUAAAAAUUUGAUAUAUCUGUACUUAACUUUCCAUCUUAUGACACUUAGAUACAUGUGUGUCAAAGUAAACAGGAGAAAUAAUCCAAAGCAGACUCCACAGACAAGCAGGAUUAAAUAAAAAUGAACCGUUAUUCAGGUUCAUGAGUGAGUCCAAAAUUAGAAAUUCCAAGAACCUGGGAACAUGACCAACACUUUACACUACCAGCCAAAAGUUUUUGAGUUAGAGUAAUCGUACCUUCAUUCAUGAUGUAUGUUACAAAGAUAUCAGUCAAUAUAGUCAGUACAUUGAAAAGGUGAGAAAUAGUGAUGGAAGUGUUUUCAUACUGUUAGAUUAUACGAUGACAGUAGAUUAAUGUAAACCAGAAAAAUCAUAUAUAAUGUCUUGCUAUAUGUGUUACUUUCCUAAUGUAGUUGUGUGACAUGUCAAGUAAAUGCUGGACUAUAAAUAAUUUAAAAGUUGUCUCAAGUCAAUAAAGAU